AUGUCCUACUCAGAAAAGUCGCCACACCACUCCAAGGCGUUCUGGUCGGGAAAGCAGGCAGACGCAGCCCCAGAGCCCAACCCGCUGUCCACGUCCCCGCAGCCUAUACCAUCAUUAGCGGGCAUCCCUCUCAAAUAUAUCUCACUUGUCACUCUGGCAGUGCAAAAUGCGGCUCUGGCGGUCCUCAUGCACUAUUCGCGCGUCAGCGCACAACCCUCGCACGCGUACUCCCCUGCAGCGGCCGUCCUCGCGACAGAGCUGCUAAAGGGCGCAAUAUCCUUGUGUAUCGCGUUCUCCCGCGUGGAGCUUCCGCCGCAAUAUUCGCUCGAGCAGGGCGCCAUUGCACGCUCGAACCUCAACCCCCGCGUCUUCCUCGCACGGUGCAGGCAACUGGGCAAAGAAGUCUUCAGGACAGACUGUUGGAAGCUCUCUAUCCCCGCCAUACUAUACGUAAUCCAGAAUAAUCUCCAGUUCGUCGCCGCCAGCAACCUAGACGCCGCGACGUUCCAGGUCACGUACCAGAUGAAGAUCCUCACGACCGCCGCAUUCUCCGUCGUGCUCCUCCGCAAGAAACUGACGCCCGUCAAAUGGCUCGCCCUCUUCUUUCUCGCCGUCGGCGUCGCAGUCGUCCAGCUGCAAACAUCCGGCUCCCACGGUUCUGGUCCCGACGUGCACGGCAUGGUCCCCUUCAAAGGUUUCCUCGCCGUCGCAGCCGCAUGCUUCACCUCGGGCCUCGCCGGCGUCUACUUCGAGAUGGUGCUCAAGAACUCGUCGGGCGAUCUCUGGGUCCGCAACGUCCAACUGAGCCUGUUCUCGUUGUUGCCCGCUCUGGCGCCUAUCGUCGCGACCCAGGGUGCGAACGUCACGGCCGUACCGUCGUUCACGAAUCUGUUCGCCAACUUUACCGUCGCCGCGUGGGCCACGGUCGCGACGCAAGUUCUGGGCGGUCUGAUUACGGCGCUCGUGAUCAAGUACGCGGACAACAUCAUGAAGGGAUUCGCGACUUCGCUGUCAAUCGUCAUCUCCUUCCUGCUCUCCGUCGGGCUCUUCCACACGCGCAUCACGCUGGCUUUCCUCGUUGGCGCUUCCAUCGUCCUCGCGGCGACAUGGCUCUAUUCGCAGCCCGAUACCCGCUGCUCGCGCUCGUCCAACAGGAAUAAACGCGACCCGCAGACUGUCCUGCCGUUCUGCUCUGCUGUCGCGGCGCACCCGGCUUCCCACGCCUACGGCGCCUCUGCACCAGCGCCCGCGCCAUUACGACCGUCACCGAUCAACGUGCCCUCAUACCUCGGACGUCGCACGCCCGGUGGCAGCCCAUACAGCAGCCCCACAUCGCCCACACCCGAGUCGCGGCCAGCACACCUGGCUUCUCACGCGCCGUCGCGCUCGUUGAGUAUGCCGAGCAUCGUGCUGAACCCGCCGUCACCCGUCGUCGCGCUGGACCAUGCUUCACGAUAG